CAGCCAGCCAGCCAGCCAGCCAGCCAAUAGCCACUCCUCUCAUUACUUCAACUCAACCAACUGGACUGUUGCUCUCUCAGUAUCGCGGCAGGUGAUGACUUCUUAUUUCAUCACAGUCGUUGCAUGAAUGCUGGCUGUACCUAGCUUUGGGACAAAUAAACCGGGACAACUUUUAAAAAAACAAACACACACUCCUACAUGGAGAUUGAAAGCAUGGUGGCAAAUAGUGCUCUUAUUAAAGCCAGAGAAGGCGGAGGGAGCAAAGGAAGAAGCUGGAAAUGGAGAGAGAUGUUUCGCUUUUCUCACAUUAGUCAGUGUGCAGACCUGGCCGAGACCAUAGAGCGAGACUACUACAGUCUGUGUGUGAAGCAGCCUAUCGGCAAGAAACUCUUUCAGCUCUUCUGUCGGAGUCGGCCCGAUCUGCAGAACUACAUCUCCCUGCAGGACGCUCUGGACGACUUUGAGACAAAUUCGGAUGAUUUGAGGAGAGAAUCUGGCUUCAGCAUCAUUCAGAGAUUCUUCAGGACUGAGUCCAUUCAGUGUGUGUCCAUCAUGCUGAAGCACGAAGACAGCUGCAUCCAGAGGCUGGAGCUCGACCCGUGCCUGGACGUCUUCCACGAGUGCAGAGAAGACCUACAUAAACUCCUCGGUGGCGAGCCCUUCAUCCAGUACCAGGAGAGCAUGUUUUUCGACCGUUUCCUGCAGUGGAAGAUGUUGGAGAGGCAGCCCAUCACCAAGCAGACGUUUAGACAGUACAGACUUCUGGGGAAAGGAGGGUUCGGAGAGGUGUGGGCGUGUCAGAUGCGAGCCACGGGGAUGAUGUACGCCUGCAAAAAGCUGGAGAAGACUCACGUGAAGAAGAGGAAGGGGGAAGCCAUGGCUCUCAACGAGAAAGAGAUCCUGGAAGGGCUGGACAGUCGAUUUGUGGUGAAUCUGGCGUACGCUUACGAGACAAAGCACGCCCUCUGCAUGGUUCUGACCAUGAUGAGCGGCGGGGAUUUGAGGUUUCAUAUUCAUAACAUCGGAGAGCCUGGCCUGGACAAAGACAGAGUGCGCUUCUACGCUGCAGAAAUCUGCUGCGGUUUAAUUCACCUCCACCAGAAGUCAAUACUGUACAGGGAUCUGAAACCAGAAAACAUUCUGUUGGAUGACAACGGACAUAUCCGCAUCUCUGACCUGGGCCUGGCUGUGAGGCUGUCGGAGGGGAAACUAGUGCGAGGCAUGGUGGGCACUCUGGGAUACAUGGCUCCUGAGGUGAUCGGCCGAAAGCAUUACGGGAUGAGCGUGGACUGGUGGGGCCUCGGCUGCCUGAUUUACGAGAUGACCGCGGGGCAGCCUCCAUACCGGGUCAAAGGAGAACAUCCUAAAGCCCCUGAGAUGGAGAGAAGGAUUCAGACGGAACAGCUGGAAUACAGUGACAAGUUCAGCAAAUCGGCCAAAGACAUCUGCUCCUCGCUGCUAAACACAGACCCAAAACAGAGGUUGGGUUGCCAGAGCUCGGGGGGGAGUGAAGUACAGGCGCAUCGUUUCUUUCGAAAAAUCAACUUCAGGAUGCUGGAGGCCGGACUCGUUAAACCUCCUUUCAAACCUGAUCCCAGACUGGUGUACUGCAGCGACGUGCAGGACAUUGAUGAGUUUUCUAGCGUGAAGGGAGUCAUUCUGGACAAGACAGACAUCAACUUCUACUCCAAGUUCAACACAGGACGAGUCCCUAUAACCUGGCAAAACGAGGUGAUAGAGACGGGAUGUUUCAAGGAGCUGAAUACUUUUGGCCCUGAGGGAUCUCGAUCUCCAGACCUCGACUGGUCUCAGAACCCAGACAGCCCCAAACGCAGCCUGCUGGACCGAAUCUUCCGCAAAAAAUACCCUUCAGGUGGGUUGGAUGAAAGCAAACAGAACUUGAUUUCCGCUGAAAGCUACAUGAAGUCCGGCAUGGUCAGCACCAACCUCUGAGGACGCUCGCAGCGCAGAGACUUUAGCUUAAAAAGACACUAAAACACAACCGUCUACCGGAGAAGAAAACCACACUGGAUGCAGUUCUGUUCCUCCCUGUAAAUAACAGCUUAGCAUACCUUUCUUUGUGUUUGUAUUGUUCUCCUUUCUCUCACAGCUACACUAUAUAAGCACUUGGUUUUUUAUUUCUUUUUAGAUGAAAAAAAAAAAAGAACAUGUAGAAUUGUACUGCUCUGUCACGCACACAAGCAGCGACACAUGCAUUUUUAAAAUCUGAUUACAUCAGUGGCGUUUUGUUAAGUACUUGAAUUUAGUAGCACGUCACACAGUGUGACGCUACUUCACGGCACUGAAACUAAUUUCACCAGUUGCACUGUUUUAGCCGAAAUGGCUAAAUAAACCAGUUUACUUUUUCUUCUUUUU